CUAGCUGCUGCGGGGGGCGGGGGCGCUGACCUCUCUUCUCCAAGGCGAGGAUCGAUUGGGGCCGUCGCCAGGCAAGUUCGCCCCAGCAGUGGGCUUCGCGGGCCGAGAUGCUCCUCCGGGACCUGGCGCUGAGCCCUGGCUGCCGCUGGCCCUCGCUGCUGCUGCACUGCGCUCUCCACCCGCUCUGGGGCUUCGUGCAGGUAACGAACGGAGAGCCCCAGAAGUCCUGCUCCAAGGUGGCCGACAGCUGCCAACACAUCUGCCAGUGCCGGCCCCCGCCCCCACUGCCUCCGCCACCCCCACCUCCACCACCUCCCAGACUCCUCUCUGCCCCAGCUCCCAACUCUACCUCGUGCCCUGCCGAGGAAAGCUGGUGGUCGGGGCUGGUGAUCGUCAUUGCGGUUUGUUGUGCCUCUCUGGUGUUUCUGACUGUCCUUGUCAUCAUCUGCUACAAAGCCAUAAAAAGGAAACCCCUGCGAAAAGACGAAAAUGGCACCAGCGUUGCUGAGUAUCCCAUGAGCUCCUCACAGAGCAACAAGGGGGUGGAUGUGAGCAACGCGAUGGUGUGAGUCUGCAGGCCUUGGACCCGCUGGCCAGAGGGACACCUUGGUGGCACGAGUGGACAUGGGAAGCUGACCCUGGGCUUGUCCAGGACUUCAUUGCCUUGCAGGCCUCAAGCCUCCUGAAGAAGAAACCAUCCUCUUCCCAGGCCAGCCCCAGAUGGCCCAUAGGCAGGGGCAGAGCAGACACUGGGUCCCCUGCAUGCAGCGCCUGGGGCAGCGUCACCGCCCAGGGGUCUCCACAUCCUCCUCCUUGUCUUGUGUUUGGUCCACUGACUGUCCCCCAACUGCUGUCUACAGCACAUGCUCUGAUGAAGGCAGAAGGUCUGCCUGCCUGUGGGGGAAGUGAGGCACCCUCUUUUAGCUAAAGAAGGGUAAAGGGGCCACUCCCAGCCUGAAAUCCUCUCCUCCUCCAGGAAGCAGCCUGCUUCUCUGUGGACGUCCCAACAGAAGCCAUCGGCACAGCCAUGAGACAGACGUCCCCUUUCAAAGGUGCUUCCCACAUAUCUGUCCAUCACCCCAUGCGUAACUUUCCUCAGUCUUCAGGGCCUGUGUCUGCCCUCCUGUUUCCACCCACGCCCUGGCUGUGGCUCCUGCCUGCCUGCCAUGGUGGGUGGUGAGCCCAGCCUGAGAACCCCUGUGAGCAGGGGGCUCUUUACAUGCGAGGUAAUGUGUCAGAAACCUAGACUAGGGGCAUCCAGAAAGGGGCAGAGGCCCCUGCACACACUGGGAUGCAGGAACCCCACGUCUGUGUGAGCCAGGCCCUCCCCCAUUGAGCAGAAGUCAUCACUUGUGCCAAACCCACUGGAGUACUCUGAGCUAGGCCAAUGCUGGCCUAGCGUCACAUCUCCCUGACUGUCCCCUGAGACCUGACAGUGGUAUCUGGACCCUCUUUCUGAGAGCUCCGAGAAAGCAGGGUUUUCUUCUUGUGUCCUGUGGUCCAGUGCUCUAGAUGUGCCAAAGCCUCCUGAGUGUGGAAGAGGGAGGCAAGGGGCAGGAGCCUCCCCACUUGGUCACCUCUGCCCUGCCCACCAGUUUUCCAGAGGACCACCUCCCAGUGGGAUACAUCCUAGGCUCACAGAGGCAGUGACCUUGUGAGUUUACCUCCCUUAGAAAAUUAGAACACUCUUGACCCUGUGGUUUCCUCACCACCCUCACAUACCUGCUCAGAAGGAACCAGAAACAUUUAAUGGUUACAGCCUGUGGCCUUUAGGAAUUUAGCUGGCUGGACCUUGUUUGCCUCCUACACCACUGUUGUACUUCUCUGACAGCUAUUUGGGUUGCAGUGAGACCCUCAAAUCCAGGUAAGACUGAUAGACAUGAAAGCCAGUUCCUACUUGGCCAAAAUGUCCACGGUCCCACAGUGCUCUGUGCCUGGAGCUGUCUGUCACUGCCCUUCCCCUGGCCAGUGUGUGCACACUCAGGACAGGCCCAGAUAUGCGCCCUCCCCCAGAGGGUUUUGUCUUCCUUUCCCUUUUCCUCCUUCAACUUGAGGACUUGUUUCAAUUUCACUUUCCUGGCACACUUUGGUAUCACCAUAGUGCUGCCAACAGCCCCCACCCAGCUGAGCACUUGGCAGCACUUAGGACGCAGUCAGGUGACAAGUGGGCCAGAGGAGAAUGGUUGGGGACAAGACAGAAGGGAGAAGCCUGGAAGACCCGACCCCAGGACACUGUGCCCUGCUGACCACAGCCUCCUGAUGCCUGCUGAGCCCCCUCCCCGAGCACAAACCUGGGUAGGUGAGCAGGAGCCCAGUCCAAAACACACAGCACCUUGUGCUUCACAGGGGGAAAGCUAGUGCCCCAGGCUGGUCUAGAGUGACCAGAGGGUGCCUUCGGCUGGAGGCUGCUGGCUGGGGGGGCCUGGUGGGCUAGAGCAGCCCAGAAAGGCUGGGCAGGGCUGAAUAUCCACACACCCACCAGCUUCCACUAUCCUUGACUGUGGCUUAAACAUGGAAAGCCCAGAUUUCACAGUUAGGCUUCAGGAACCUGGCUGAGUUGCCCAUCACGCUGCCCCCAGGACACCCAGGGCUCCAGUUCGCAUGUAAAUUCUCCUUCAUCCAGCUUGUAAAGUCCCUUCUCAGCCAGCUAGAGAAAACCAAGAGAAGAGUCACAUUUAAAAAAAAAAAAGGUUCACUUGAGAACAAAGCCCCCAAAGUCAGGGCUGGUGUUCAGAGGACACAUCUCAUGGCACAGCGAGGGAGGCCUCCAGGCCAGCUCAGGAAACUGACGUGCGCAUUAGACUGCUGCAGCCUAGUAAGUGAGCUCAGAGCUUUGGUUUAAAGUAAAUCGGCAGCCCCUGGACCCACACCCCUUCUCAGAUUGGCCUGAGCUCGGAGGUGGAAAAUGAGAUACACAUUCCCGCUCUGAAUUUUCUCGUGUGUUUCUCAGCUGUUCAGCAGCCGAGCCCCACUUUGGAACUCAGGAGCAUUUGGGAGCUCCCAGAGUUGCCUAUAAGAGGCUUAUAGGGGAGUUUCGGAAGAAAGCCUAAUAGGUAUAAAGAUACAAACAUAUAUAUUAUAUAGUUCUAUAUUAAAGAAAUAUCUAUAUAUUAUUCCUGUAUUCUGCAUCUGUACAAAGUAUGAUCUCAACAGCCCAGGUAGCGUGAGACACGUAAUGCAUGAAUGUAAAUACCCCGAACUCCGCCUUCUUAGCGAUGUGCCGUGUGUGUGGGGACGACGUCUCUUGUUCCUAGGCAUUCUGUCUUGAUGGACAGAUACACCUGUCUGUGCCAUCUUGUCCACCAAUGAGCCAUUCAUGUCGAUUUCGUGCUGAGACUUCUGUACAGAAGGCGGGACUGGCAGCCCUGGGGGCACACUAUAUGCUCCUUAUGAGGAAAGCAGCACCAUGACUUUUUUAUUUUCAAUAA